UUUGUCAUUCAGCCUCCAUAGGGACAAGACGCAGACUUCAAUUAGUGAUUGUUGUCUAUCUUGUAGUUUAUUAUUUCUUUAUCUGCUCCAGCGACAGAUCUGAAAGGAAUCCCACAUCGUUACUUCUGAUAAAUUAGUGUGAUUGUUGAAGAUGAGUCAUGGGUUUGAAGCAAGGUUUUCCCAGUGCUUCCAUCAGGAUCUUCCUUCGCCAUUACCAAGACAAGUCACCAAUUUUGUUUACCCAUCUACUAAGCUGAGUGAGGAGGGACUUGUCUCAGAGGCAGCAUCUUGCAGAACACAUGGACUGGGUGGAACUCAGGAUUCCUCGCCCUUGCUUCAGUUUGCUUCCAAUAUCAUCCCCAUUAUGACGGGAUUUGCCUUGUCCUCAAGGACAUCGACAGCCACUUUCAGGUCAUUUGGGACAUUCCAGGGAUCUUCCAAGCUAGGCUCCUUUGCUCCUUCAUCAGUAGGACUCUCAGUUACUGACUCAUCACCUAUCUCCAGAGAAAACCAGUCAGAUAAAAAACUAUUAAGAAGAAGGAAGUCAAAGGCAAAAAUUUUCAAGGUGAAGGAAGGUAAUUGCACCAAGUCAGUUAUGUCAGUUGGCGUUCAACAUCGGGAGUGUGUGAUAAGCACUCAAUGGAUGCCAGAUGGACAGGAGACGGAUGAGCCAACAGGCAAAGUUAACAACACAAGACCCAUGCAGUGCAAGCAGACACAAAUAGACAAGAAGGAACAAAAAUGCAAAAGAAUUCAAGAAAAGAGCUUUGAUAUGAAUAAUGUUCCAUCAGUGAAAGUGAAAACGGGUGGAAGGCAUGGUGAGGAACUUGCUGGUUGGGAGAUGAUUGCAGCGCCUGCAGAAAUCUCUAGUAGUGAUAACGAAGAGCAUGUAUAUGAGGAUGCUGAAGUGUAUAUUGAUGACAAUGAUGACAUAGAAAUAUGUAGGCAGAUCUCACCACAAAUACAAUUAAAAGAAAGGAUGCAAAAGCAUGUUAUAUGUAUACCUGAGAGACCACACAAAACAGGUACUAUAUCCUUGCAACGCAACAUUAAAUUUGGAACAGAAACAAAUGAAGUCCAGUCAAAGAGAAAAGUUCCUCCUCAGAAGCCACCUCGAAGGAGUAAACAUGAUCCUCAACAAGGUGUUCAGGUUGUAACUCUUGGUGAUGGCAUAAUGGAUGAAUGUGAACAAAAUUUUUCUAGAGACUCAUGUGGGCAGGCUACAUCUAAUUUCUCAAUCAAAAAUACAGAUAAAAUUGAAAAAUAUUACUUUGGGGAAGUGUUGAAGAUGUCAUGCAAGCAGCGUGCCUCAAGUUUUUCACCUCCCAGACAUCGAGAGAUGCUUUCCAAUCCAUCUCGUGAGGUACUUAGCCGUAGGAAUAGCCGCUCUCACAGCCCUUCCAUGAGGUUUAAGAAGGAAGAGAUGAAAGAGAAACUCUCAACACAAAGUAGGAAUAUAAACAUUACCCUAAUCCCAAGACCUCUAUUCAAGAUGUCACUCAAAACUCCACUGGGAAAUUUUAAGGUAACCGGAGGAGGAAGAGGCUGUUGCUGUAGCUCUAAACAUAACUCUUCUGGAUGUAGCCGCAGUCGUCAGAGAGUCAGGCGGUCAUCGUCUUCAUCUCCUACAACAGUGAAUCGGAGGGUGCCAUCAUCCAGCAGGACAAGACGUCGCAGAAAGUCACUUUCUCCCACUCCACAAAAUCACCAGAGCCACCCUGUCUCCCACUGCAUCCUAGACAGAGAUCAAAGAUCUGUGGAUUAUCAAGGUGGCCUAAAAUGGAAGGGAGAUGUUGAGGUUACGAAUUUGCAUCCUGGAAAUGCCUUUUCCAUCGACACGCACUACUAUGAUACUCCAGACAGAGGUAAUUUUUGUUUGAAAGAUAAUUAAGCAGAGCUGGGGAAAAGGCAAUCCAUGUUGCAGCCUAUGAAAGCCUUUCCCAGCAACAUCUACCCCUGCAUCAUCUGCAGCUUACUCACUGCAGUCAACACACAUCCUGCAACAGUGUUGGAAGUGAUUAAAUUAAGAUAAUUUUAUCAUUGCCUCCCAGGCCAUUUCAACUUUUAAAUCGUCAACCAGAGUAUAAGGCAAGAAAAGCCUGCAGUGUGAAGUAAAUCUUGUCACAAUACACUAAUCCUUUUGCACAUAUUAAUUACUGUACAAGCAUGCAAGCCAGCAAUGUGCCCCACCAGCUAACACUCACUCCUGACCUGGGUCAACACAGAGGGGCAACAGAACCAAGCAGGAAGAUCCUCUAAAGGGAGCAAAAUCUGAAACACACCAGAAAAUAGAACUCUGUCAUUGCAGGGGCAGUGCUAGAGUGCACUCAGGGAAGGUAACCCUGAGCACAUGCAGCCAAGCACUAAGGCCAGGCCUAUACUACACCACAGUGUUUAAAACAAAGCACACAGGACCAAGGUCCGAGAAGCACUUAGCUGAAAAGUACUGGGGCCAGUCACAGCUACUGACGAUCCUGAGGCUCUACUAGAAUGUCUGGAAUGUGUCGUAGCAGUGGAGGAACUGAAGGCUAGAUGCAACAGACAACUUGAUCCCUGCCUCCUUACUCUGCAAAUCAGUGGGAUGGGUGGGGCAAACAAGCUCACACUUGUUUCAAGAACUCUUAAAUUGUUUGUUUACAUUGAAGGGGGAGUUUGUUCAGUGGGUUGUGAGGUUUCAGUCUCUUU